AUGAAUCAACAAUAGUAAAACAAUACUUAAAAUAUGAACUCAAGAUCUUUUAAAUAUUCAAUAAGUAAUGGGAAGAGAAUAAAAUUAAAGACUUGGUGUAAUGCCAUAGCUAUAAAUCAUAAUAAUACAUUUAUGAUUGUUGCCUCUGAUAGGAAUAUUUUAGCCUUUUAAUUUAAAAAUUGA